CCUCCACAUCUAUAUCCGAACCAAAUUCCCUCCUUCCAGCCCCUUUGUUUCCCUCGUUUUCUGCUCUCUUUCUCUCUCCCGCUUUUCCAUUUUCCUUCUCCCCAAACACCCCCAGAUCCCUCCUUCACCACUUCCAAUUUUCCCUCCAACUCCUCCCAUCCAAUUUCCCCUCUAUCCCCUUCAAUUCUAAUUGUUUUAUUUUUUUCUUUCUCUCUCUCUUUUUCAAAACCCCAAACCGCAAAGCUCACUCGAGCUCGAUCUCUCGGCGCUCGAUGUCGGGCCCGAGAGCUCCAACACCGUCGGCGCAGCCGCCUUUCGAGCAGAUCAUGCAGCAGCAGCCGCAGCAACAGCCGCUGAGGCGGCAGCUACCCUUCUCGUCUUUGAAGCCGCCGUUCGCUGCUCCAGCGGAAUAUCACCGCUUCUCCGAUCCUCGCGUCGGUGCUGCUGAUCACGGAGCCGAGGCCAUAGUUGUCAAGUCUCCUCAUUUAAAGCGGAAGAGUGACACAGCAGACUAUGAAGCGGAGUCUGGUGAUAGAACAACAGGAUUCACUGACGUAGUUAACAGUCCCCUUCAGACACCUGUGUCAGUAAAAGGAGGAAAGGCAAACAAAACGUCAAGGCUUACAAAGAGCUCUAAAUCUGGGCCUCAAACUCCAGUCUCAAAUGUUGGUUCUCCUUCCGGCAAUAAUCUCACUCCAGCUGGUCCUUGCCGUUAUGACAGCUCUCUUGGUCUCUUGACAAAAAAAUUUAUCAAUCUCAUCAAACAUGCUGAAGAUGGUAUUCUUGAUCUAAAUAAAGCUGCCGAAACUUUGGAGGUGCAAAAGAGGAGGAUAUAUGACAUAACAAAUGUCCUUGAAGGAAUUGGUCUCAUAGAAAAGAAGCUCAAAAACAGAAUCCAAUGGAAGGGACUUGAAGUCUCAAAGCCAGGGGAGGUUGAUGAAAACUAUUCCAGUUUACAGGCAGAACUUGAAAGCCUUAACAUUGAAGAGAGCGGAUUAGAUGAGCAAAUAAGGGAAAUGCAAGAACAAUUGAGGGACCUCAGUGAAGAUGAGAACAAUCAGAAGUGGCUUUUUGUCACUGAGGAAGACAUCAAGGCCUUACCCUGCUUCCAGAAUGAAACAUUAAUAGCCAUUAAAGCUCCACAUGGCACCACUCUGGAAGUCCCAGAUCCUGAUGAGGCUGUUGAUUAUCCCCAGAGGAGGUACAGGAUAGUCCUAAGGAGCACAAUGGGUCCCGUAGAUGUUUACCUUGUAAGUCAAUUUGAAGAAAAGUUUGAGGAGAUUAAUGGUGUUGAGGUAGCUCCAAACGUUCCAUCAAGUUCAGGGUUUGAUGAGAACCCAGCAACAACAAUGGUCACAGAGGAGAGCAAAGGAAAGGAGACUGAAAUGCAGGGACAAGAUGCUCAGAGAAUGUGCUCAGAUCUUAAUGCCUCUCAGGACUUUGUGAGUGGAAUCAUGAAGAUUGUUCCAUCGGAUGUUGAUAGUGAUGCAGAUUACUGGCUUUUAUCAGAUGCUGAUGUUAGCAUCACAGACAUGUGGCGAACAGAACCUGAGGUAGAAUGGAAUGACCUGGGUGCACUUCAUGAAGAUUAUUUCAUGGCUAAUGUCAGCACACCACGGCCCCAAACUCCACCGUCCAUUGCAAUCGAAGAGCCUCCUGCAGCUGACCCAACUAGGAGUUGAGACCUUGGAAAGCGAAUGUCGAUUAAUCUAAUCGAGGAUACAAUUACUUGUUAUCCAUGAGAACCUAUGAUGUCUAACCAUUUUCGAUUGUGUAAAUCUCUGGAGGUUGGAUUGAAGGUUCCAAGGAGAUGCCUGCAGGAUGUUCCCAUAAAAAAUGUACAAGAAACUAUUGGAUGGAAGAUGGAGGUCGCAGCUUCUUUGUACAGUUUAACAUAAAUUAGGUAUUUCAUCUUGUAGUAAAUAAGGAGGAAAAAGAAGAAGAAGAAAGAAAUACCAAUGUUGUUGUACACCGUGUAUAUUAGGAUUCAUGGCUUUAUUGUACUGACUAGCUUGAUCUCUAGGUUAACUUCGCAAGUACUGAAGAGUCUGAAGAAAUGUAUUUCGUACAAGUCAAAAGAAUAGGAUGAAUCUAUGUUCUUUCAAGUAA